AUGGACAAUGCUCGCAUGUUCCAGACAGAUAUUGGUCCCUCUCAGUUUCAGAUUGCUUGUGGGUUUAACAAGUGUACUCCUGAUUUUGUGACCAAGGUGAUUAAACAAAACAAUGAACAGAAUAGGAAUAGCACACUGAUGUUUGGAGCCUCACUCAGACAUACUUGUUUUGACAUAGAACUGAUGAUUAUUACUUUCUGGGAAUGGAUAUUCAACAGCAUGUCACAGCUGCAUUUUGGAGCUCUAGAGCUCUCGCAGAGCCAGGACUUUGAGAGUGACUUCGUGCCCAAUGAAGGAGAUGCUGGGCAUCAGUUUCACCCUGGAGCUGCUGUCCCUUCUUCCAGACUUCAGAAGAACGAUACUAAAGAUGAACCGCGUGGGGACAGCACGGAAACUGUCUCCAGCACAGAAGCGCAUAGUGCUUUGGAAGGCCAGCCAGAGAAGUCUGAAAGAACUCUGCAGGAAGCAGAAGAGCAUACCAGGAAACAUAUGCCUGUCUGUGACCCCACUAAAACCGAGAAAUCCCUUGAUUCUGGUCACGAGGAGUCGGAUAUCUUGUCAACUCAGGAAGAGAUGUUUCCUGAGAAUAAUGCAACAGGGAGUGGCUGUCCGAUAACCAGGGUGGAAGAGGGAAGUUCUCUGGCAUGCACCCCUGCCCGCAGUCUGCAGCUGCUGCAGCUUUCUGGACAGGGAUCCCUUGUACAGGAGAGUCAUUCCACUGUCUCUUCAGGCCUAGUUAUUCCUCCUCCUGUUGCCUUUGGAUCCAAUGCUCUUGUCCCCAGCAGUCCUACUGAACAGGAGCAAGCAAAAGAUGAACAGGUGGAUAUAUCUAUCCCUGCAGAAGGAAGAGAGCUGAUGCAGAAGCAGAGAGGAGAUACACUAGUGGAGAUGGCCAUCCCAUGUAUCCCACCAGGACCUCUUGUCCUGCCACAAGCUUCAACUCCAGUGUCCCACAGUGCCCCAACCUUCUUUCCUGGAUCUUUACCUAUGCCAUCACAACCAGAGUUCUCUCAUGAUAUCUUUGUUCCAACUCCAAGCCCAGAGAAGAAGCAUGAAGGAGAAGAAAAAGCUGCUGCUUUAACCCGUUUAUGCUUACGAGGAGAUCUCUCUGGACCCACAGAUGAUUUGUCAAAGACAUCUACAGGUGACUCUUUGUCACAGCCUUCUGAGUCCUGUAAGCUGAUACUUUCUGCAAGUGCCAGCAGCCAGCCCACAAAUACAGAAGUCGGUUCAAGUUCAGGCUCUCUGAACACGGGCCAAGAUAGCGAAACCACCCAGGUGGAGAUGAGUUCUGAAUGCAAGGCCUCAGACUUGAGACUCUGUUCUGUGGAGAAUGGCAACAUAAAACUGAGACUGGAUGCAGGUGAUAAAGCCCUCUCAGAAAACUGUGAAAAAGCAGAAAAGGAGGAUUUACAGACUGCAGGAAAGCCUGUAAUGCAGUUAGUUAGUGCAGAUGUAGCAGGAGAUGGGUCAUUAGCCCCUACAGCUCAUCGGGAGAUAGAGUGUAUUUCUGGAAGUCAGGCUGCUGCAGAUCAGUCUGGUCUGCCUGAGAUUUUGUCAUACGCUCAAGGUAGAGAAGCACAGUCUGAGGAUUAUCCAUUGGAAGAGACUUCUGAACCUGAGGCAGUUCCUGAGACUCAGUGUGAAGAACAAGAAGAAAAACUGGAAGUACAGUGUCAUGAAGAUAUGGAAGUGGAAUUUGCUGAUGGUUCUUGUAAAAAUAGCAAAAAUUUGUCUGAUCAGGCCCAAGAAUUAGAAAAGAUGGGACCAGAAAUCCGGGGAAAAGAGACUUCAAAAGGUUGUACUUCUGGCACUGGAGAGGCAAAGAGCAUGGAUAAACUGCCCUUUAAGGCUGCUUCGGAAAACAUGCCAAAGCUCAAUAAAGUUUUAUCUAAGGCUUCUGUAGGGGAGUUACUGGAACACAACAAUUUGUUUCCGAAGUUGAAGAGUGACGUUCCAUCGGAAGUGGCGUUGUGUGCCAAAAAACAUCCAGGUUGUUCAGAAUUAGGACAGAUAAUGAUAACAGGGAAUCAGCCACCACUUCAAGAGAGAGGGGUUGACGCGCUGGUGACUCAGCAGGAGAGUCAGGUGCCAAAGAAUACGGAGGAUACUGUUAGGACAAGGAAUCCAGAGCAAGAAGAGCAGAUGCAGCCACAGGAGAAGGCAACUGCUAAAUCCCCCAGUCCUUCCAGUGGAACCCCAUUUCAUUUUACUUUGCCGAAGGAGGGUGAUGUCAUUCAGCCCUUGACCAGCGUAACGCCACCUCUUAUUGGCCAGCUUAAAAUGGGACCCAGAAGACACAGCACACCAAUUGUGGAUGAUAGCUGCCCAGACAGCACUAUAGCAACUAGUGAUGUUACAGCAGAGGGCACAAUGGGGACCAACAAUGUCACCGUGGAAAGUGCAAUGGUAUCAGCAGACGUGUCAGAAGUGGGUGAGAAAGGAGAUUCCCGUGUGGUUCCUGAGGCUGAUGCAAAACUCUCUCUGCGAAUGAGCCUUGUUACCCCUGUGAAUGAUGGGAGCGAGGAGUCCCUGCCAUUCAGCUUGGAAAAGCCUACAGCCAAUGACAGGAAAGAUGGAUCCUCUGCUGCUGCUGGAGCUGCUGCCAGCUUCCAGAAAGCAUCAUCUGUGUUUAGUCGUGUCUGUGAAGUUCGUCGAGAGGAUGAGGCCAGAGGUCAUGGUCUUUCCACUUCUCCAUUUAGGGGGAAUCUCUUCAGUUUUCCUGGCACACAAGAAGAUGCUGAAUUACAUAAAAAUCCCAGUGGUUGGCAGUACCAGCAACAGAAGGCAGAUGACGGCAGUGGACGGGUCCUAGUUCCUCAGAGGAUGCAACAGGACUGCCAACCACAACCUUCUAGUGCAGAGGAUGGGGAGUCUGUGGAGGCUGGUAUUGUAAGCACUCAGACAGAAGAAGGGAGAAGAAUGCAGAAGGAACCAAGUAAGGCUGUUAAAAUUGAUGAAAGCCGAGAGAGGUGGGCAAACACCGAGAAUAAAGGGAUUCAGACUACAGCAGACUGUCUUUUUAAAACCCCAACAACUGUUACAACAGCAACACAAACGUCAGAAGAAAUAUGUAGCCAGGUGGAACUGGGAACCAGUAUGUCUGGGCAAAGACCUGGGCGACAAGAUGCGAAUGUCCAAACUGAGGAGAGUGGGGAAAAGCUUGUGAACGCCUCUGGAGAGGACACGGACUCUCUGCACAGUCAGGGAGAGGAGGAGUUCAAUCUUCUUCACCCACCUAAAGGCCGAGUUCAGCAUCGCCACAUGCGAACUAUUCGAGAAGUGCGCACUGUUGUUACGCGUGUUAUAACAGACGUUUACUACAUAAAUGGUGCAGAGGUGGAACGAAAGGUAGUUGAGCCUGUAGUGGAGUGCCAGGAGUGUGAGACUGACACAUCCUCCUCUAGAACUGCAGUGGGCUCAUCACUGACCUCAGGGGACCUUGGUGAUGUUAGCUCCUUCUCAUCUAAGGCCUCAAGCCUCCACCGUACAUCCAGUGGAGCAAGCAGUGGUCACUCUGCCACACACAGCGGCGGCAGCAGCUCAGGGCGAGGAACUGGAGCUGUCAAAGGGAAAGUGUGUGGGACAGAAACUGGAGAGUUUGCUUUACCCAUUGGCAGAGGCGCCUUAGGAAAAUUAAGCCCUAGGAAAGGAGCUGGUCAGCCAGCAUCUCCACUCAGAGUUAGCCAGACAGGAGCACUGCCUUGUGAGGAAGAGGAGGAUGCUAUGCCUGGCACUCGUCAGGGUGGCAGAGCACCUGUGACACCUCGUGGGCGAGGAAGAAGAGGCCGCCCACCAUCUCGAACAACAGGAACAAGAGAUUUAGCUGGACUGCCAGGUGUGGAGGAUCUGUCAACUACAGCAUCACCUGAGGAGAAAUCGUUUACUCGUUCAGUUCGCCUGCCAGAUGGAGGGGAGAAAUCUGACACUUCUGGCUUCUGUGCCUUACGUCGAAGUGACUCUCCAGAAAUCCCAUUACAAGUGGUGACUGGUCCUUUGGACUGUGCAGACUCAUCCUCUGGGAGCAGCUUUGUGGGCCUCAGGGUUGUAGCAAAGUGGUCGUCAAAUGGGUACUUCUAUUCCGGGAUGAUUACCCAAGAUGUUGGGGCAGGAAAGUACAAGCUGCUCUUUGAUGAUGGAUACGAAUGUGAUGUGCUAGGAAAAGAUAUUUUGCUCUGUGAUCCUAUCCCACUGGAGACUGAGGUGACCGCACUCUCAGAGGAUGAGUACUUUAGUGCAGGUGUGGUGAAGGGACACCGGAAGGAGUCUGGAGAGCUAUACUACUGCAUCGAAAAGGAAGGCCAGAGGAAGUGGUACAAACGAAUGGCUGUUAUCCUGUCUCUGGAACAAGGAAAUAAGCUCCGGGAGCAGUUUGGGCUAGGGCCUUACGAACCUGUCACCCCCCUGACCAAAGCAGCUGACAUCAGUCUUGAUAAUCUUGUGGAGGGGAAGCGGAAGCGACGUAGUAACCUUGGUUCUCCCAGCACUUCCAGCAGCAGCACAACUCCCACUCGUAAAGGGCAGGAGAGUCCACGCAUCCCACCAGGCACACUAUCUGGGAAAAGGAAACUUGUUGCUUCUGAAGAUGAGAGAUCCCCAGCUAAACGUGGCCGCAAGUCAGCAAUGAUAAAGCCUGGGGCUGUGAGAGCUGGAGAGUUUGUAAGCACCUGUGAAGGUGUAGAUGCUGUAGAUGCCCCAGUACUGGAGGACCAUCAUGGACCCUUGCCCCACAAUAAGACCCUCUUUUUGGGCUAUGCCUUUCUCCUCACCAUGGCAACACCCAGUGACAAAUUGGUCAACCACCAGAAGCCAUCAGAUGGUCCUGCAGGGAGCAGUGAGGAGGAAGAAGAAUUUUUAGAGAUGACUCCAUACGACAAACAUUACAUAGCACAGCAGCUGCGAGCAGGAGCUGGCUAUAUCCUGGAAGACUUCAAUGAAACCCAGUGUAAUGCAGCGUAUCAGUGUCUUUUAAUUGCGGACCAGCAUUGUCGAACUCGGAAAUACUUGCUGUGCCUUGCCAGAGGAAUCCCUUGUGUGUCUCAUAUCUGGGUCCAUGAUAGCUGUCAUGCUAACCAGCUUCAAAAUUAUCGGAAUUACCUUUUGCCAGCUGGUUACAGCCUCCAGGAGCAAAAAUUGCUGGAAUGGCACCCACGAGAAAACCCAUUCCAUAACCUGAAGGUUCUCCUGGUGUCAGAUCAGCAGCAGAACUUCCUGGAUCUGUGGUCUGAAAUCCUCAUGACGGGGGGAGCAGCAUCUGUUAAACAGCAUUACUCAAAUGCUCACAACAAAGAUAUUGCUUUGGGUGUUUAUGACGUGGUGGUGACUGAUUUUUCCUGCCCAGCUGGUAUCUUGAAGUGUGCAGAAGCUUUACGGCUGCCUGUUGUCUCGCAAGAGUGGGUGAUCCAGAGUCUUAUUGCUGGGGAGAGAGUAGGCUACAAGCAUCCAAAGUAUAAACAUGACUAUGUCCCCCACUAAACUAAAACUUUGCCCUGCUGUCCCACUGUUGUGCAGACUGUGUUUUAAUCAGGUUUUAAAUGUUUGUGUAAUUGGACAGUGUGCAUGGAUUACUGUAUAUAGUUUUAUCUGCUGGACUUUUAUGAUGAAAUAAAUGUUCGAUCUCUUGUGGU